AUUCUCUUUUCUUUUAUUCUUGUCUAUUCUGCCCCACUGGAGCUCUAUAGAUCCCAUUAAAGCACUCAGGAAGAAAAUGGCCAUAACUGGAGUUCCAAUGUCAGGAUUUUUCAUCGCAGUUUUUCUGGCGAGCCUUCAGGAAUUGUGGGCUAUCAAAGAGGAUCAUGUGAUCACCCAGGCCGAGUUCUAUAUGACCCCACACACAUCAGACGAGUUUAUGUUUGACUUUGAUGGUGAUGAGAUUUUCCAUGUGGAUGACAAAAAGAAAGAGACGGUCUGGCGACUUGAAGAAUUUGGUCAUUUUACCAGCUUUGAAGCUCAGGGUGCACUGGCCAAUAUGGCUGUGGGCAAAACCAACCUGGACAUCACAAUAAAGCGCUCCAACCACACCCCAAACACUAAUGUACCUCCAGAGGUGACUGUGCUCCCAAACAACCCUGUGGAGCUGGGAGAGCCCAACAUCCUCAUCUGUUUCAUCGACAAGUUCUCUCCACCACUGAUCAAUGUCACGUGGCUUCAAAAUGGAAAACCUGUCACUACUGGAGUGUCAGAGACAGUCUUCCUGCCCAGGGAAGACCACCUUUUCCGCAAGUUUUACUAUCUCCCCUUCCUGCCCUCAACUGAGGACGUCUAUGACUGCAAGGUGGAGCACUGGGGUUUGGAUGAGCCUCUUCUCAAGCACUGGGAGUUUGAAGCACGAACUCCCCUCCCAGAGACAACAGAGAAUGUGGUGUGUGGCCUGGGCCUGGUUGUGGGGCUGGUGGGCAUCAUCGUUGGGACCAUGUUCAUCAUCAAGGGCGUGCGCAAAGGCAGUGCUGCUGACCGCCGAGGUCCACUGUGAGGCACUUCAGGUAAUGGGCUUCCUUAGAGAGAAGAUCAAUGAUGAGAUUUCUUCUUUAAUAUCUUUAUAAAUCUGGCAGUUCUCCAAUUAUUCACCUCCAUGAAGACCACCAUUCUUCAGCAUUUUCCCGCCGCUUAGUCACACUAGGAGUGGUGACGCCUCUCAGUAUUCUAUUCCAACUAGUUGGGUGUCCCUGUUUGUUGCCCUUUCCCAUAUCUGUUUUCCUUCGAUUUCCCACAAUCUUUUUCCUAUCAGCAUGCAAUGCCUCUGUAAUAGGCCCCAUGAGACCCUUUCUUUGCUAUGGAAACUUUCAAAAGUUUUAUGGGAAUUCAUUGCUUGGGGUUUCUUCAAACAGUGAUUGUGACUUUUAUGAAUACAAUAAACCAUCAGAUGAGUCUUAGGUGAA